CGGGCGGAUCCUGCCCGGGGCGGUGCCGGGAGGGCUGAGGGGAAGGAGGCGGCCCCUCGGUGACAGCGCCUUCUUAGGCCGCGCGGCUGCUUCUCAGGGCUGUGCCAGGGAGCUCGGCUGGAGUUAGCGUGUUUUUAAUGUUGAAACAUCCCAAGCUUUAUUAAUAAAUCGCCUCCGCGGCUCAGCUGCCCCCCCCACAGCAGAGCCCGACAGAUUGAGGUCAUUGCUGGCUUUGCCAGUGAACAAAGCGAAACAAAAUGUUAAUAUCACGGCUGAGUUCCCAGUUGCUGAAGGCUUCGAGAAUUGCAGGCCACCUCUUGCCCAGGUCAGUGUCCUCCUUCCUCUGCUGCCGCUCUCCAUCCGCCUGCUACAGCACCCAGCCCCCCAACACCAGCGGGGCCCAGCCCCAGCAGUGGCACACGCUGGACCCUGAGCUGGAGGAGAUCCUGAUUCCCAGGAAACUCUCCAUCAGCCCCUUGGAGAGCUGGCUGACAGUCAGGUACUCCCUCCCCAAAGCUGAGGGGGCUCAGGAAGAGGUGAACCGUGAAAACCCCCAGCCCUCAGAGUGUCCCCCUCCUGCUGGGCAGGGGGAUGUGGAGGAUGGAGAGGGGGACAGAGUACAGUGCAGGAAUGUGCUGAAGAUCCGCAGGAGGAAAAUGAACAGGCACAAGUACAGGAAGCUGCUGAAGAGGAGGAAGUUCAUCCGCAGGAGGAUAAAGGAGGGGCGCAAGAAGAAGCGUCAGGUAAAAUUUGAGAAAGAUUUGGAGCGUGUCUGGAAAAAAGCUGGCUUGAAAACUGCUCCUGCAGGGUGGCAAACCCCCAAGAUCUACCUGAGGAGUUCCAAGCGAUAAAAAAAAGCACCUGUCACAAAUUUUAGCCUGCAAUUGUAAUUAAAAAAAUAUUUAAGUAUGUCCAUGACAUUUAACCUUUUUCUGAUUGUGAUGAAAAGAAUAGGAAGGAGUUUUGCAAGGAGCUUUUCCUUCCAAAAGGAGAGUUGUGAGCUCUUUUCUCUGUCCUGUGGUCAUUGCUGAAUUUCUGAAAUUCCUCUUUGAGAUGAGACUGAAGCUAAAAAAAGUCAGGUGUGGGAGAUGGGAUCAGGGAAAGAAUUCCUGUUGUUUAUAUGGCACAAAGCUUUGGAAAAGUUCUUUUAUAAAUUGCAUUCUUUCACAGCCUUACUGCAGGAAGGUUGGGGUUUUCCUGAGAGUUGUGGUGGGAUGGGAAUUGGAUCAGAAUUAAUUAAUUAAUUAAUCAGGAUUUACCUGCAGGAGUUUUUGUUGUCUCAUCUGGAGCCUUGGUGUGCCUUGGGCAUUGUGUGAGCAUCCUUAAAAGGCACUUUUAUUUUUGUGUUCUAUUUUGUGCUAAUAAAAAAUGGUUAUUUUUGUCUUUGACUGAUCCCUGCCAUGUAGAACAUCCAUAUAUUGGUCAGAGUAGAAGCUCAGAGCUAAUUAUUCAUUAACUACAAAAACUUUUGUGCCUGAGACAAGGCUGAUACAAUCAGCUGCUUUUGCAUGGUUGAAGAGAUUUGUGAAAAAUAAACCCUCAGGACUUUUUAUCUGGGUUCUGCUUUGGGUUCUGCUUUUCUUUUUGGGGUUUGAGGCUGUUCUGGGUGGUUUAGUGUGAUUUAACUUUUAUAUUUUAAAAGAGAUGUGGUGGGCUGAGAGGGAAAAGAAUAAAAAAAACCUUCUUCAGGCUUGGAAACUCCCUGAAAAUAAUUCCCAUUUUUUUUCUGCUAGGAGAGAAUAAACUGAAAGGGAGGAAAAUCAUCUGUGGAAAUCAUUAUACAAGGUGCAGUUUAGGACAAGCUUUCCACAAGGAAAUAACAAAUCCUGACAUCUUAAAUCUCCCAGGAUUUGUGUUUUCCUUGUGGAAAAAUUCUUUUCCAAGGCACUGAUCAGGUUUUACACCCCCAGGGCUGUGUCAGCUUCCCUUCAGGAUGGAAUUUGAAAUUCACUUUAUUGAACAAGCAGAGAGAUGGAAAAGUGCCUCUGAUUUUCUGUAGAGGGAGCCUGACUCCAGAAUAUUCUCACAAAGCUUUUGUAGGAGCUGCUCUUCAUCUCCAAAAUAUCUGCAUCCCACUGAAUUUGCACACUUAAAGGUUUAUGUGCAGGUGUGGCUGUGGUAACAAAAAAAAAAAAAAAGGCUGCAAACAGGAAAACUUUGAUUUAAAUUCUCAACAUAUUGAAGAUUUCCAUUAUUUUGCUGUUCUGAGAGGAAAUGGUUGAAAACCAAAUUCCUGGUGUUCAUUACUGGGAGGUAACUGGUGGGGUGGUGAUUUUAUGUCACUCAUUGAGCUGGAAAGGUGCCUCAAAAUUGGAAAAUAAAUGAAAUUUCUCUCAUUUUUCUCAUAAUUCUUGGAUUUCAUGCACUUUAAUGCAGGCAGCAAGCUCAGCUGGACAGAACAAGUUCAGUU